GGGGAAGGGGGAAACAGCACUCCUUAAAAUAUAAAUGCCUGACUGUCCUGCCAGCUCUUUGACCUUGGGAAGCAGUGACGACCACCCUUGGAACCUAACCUUGCUCAUCUGUAAUGCCAGGUCGGUCCAGAACAAAUCAGAAACCAUCCAUGAUUCGAUUCUGGAUGAAGGUGCAGACCUGAAAAUCAUGCAUAAUGCUGUUGGUUUCAAGAGCUCCUUAACUGGGAAGAACUAUACAAUGGAGUGGUAUGAACUCUUCCAACUAGGAAACUGCACAUUUCCACAUCUCCAGCCUAAUAUGCCUGAACCUUUCUGGUGCAACCUAGGGGCUGCCUGUUGUUAUGAAGGAAUAGAUGAUGCCCACUGGAAAGAGAAUGGGAUCUUGGUCCUGUUGUCCACAAUCUCAGAGCAGCAGUGGCUGUCCCUUGCAAUAAGGAAAGGAAGGUGAAAGUGUCUGGGAGGGCUGAACUAGCU